AAGCUGUAUCAUCACCUUCCAAACCAGAAAUAAAGCUUGAUUCUAAUAGUCAAUAUACACAGCUAGUAUCAGAUUCUUCACAAAUAGUAUAUGCUGCUGCAGAUCUGGCACAUGUACGAUGCGCUAAGUUGAUCGCAGUUCGUGCUGAUCAAAAUGCCCAACUGAAUCAAAAAGACUUUUAUCGACUAUUUAAUGUUACAUGGGCAUUCGUUUUGGAGUGUGAAAGUUUAUGUGGGCGUAUGUGUUAUGGCUUGCGAGGAACAAUAAUUUCGCAGGCCAAAGCGUUCUUGACUCAUUUUCACAUGGAAAAGACAAAGCAAGAGGCAACAUUGGUUGAAAAUGAGCAAUGGAUACAAGCUGGUGUGCCUAUUGAUUUUCAGCGAAUUGUAGAUCGAAUUAUAGCUGCCUCUACAGAAGGAUUAUCAAUUUUCAAAGAUAGUCUAUUUGACCAUUUAACACCACCAGCAUCGCCAGUAUAUCCACCCUCAGAUACCCAGUCCGGUCAUAACAAUGACGUUGCCAAUGGCACGGAUGAAAAAGACCGUAUUCAGAACAAUCAACCCGUGCAAUCAAGCAACCGUCAUAUAUUUGUCGAGGAUCGGAAAUUUUUUUUAGUUG